GACCGACUGACGGACAGCGAGACAGGCAGCGAGGAUCAGGGACCUGUCAUUCAGCGAGGGGCCAACCUGCACUAUUAUUAUCUGUCACUGUACACCGUAGAGCCACACAUUUAACGGAGGCACCAUGUCCAAGGGACCAGCAGUUGGUAUUGACCUGGGCACUACCUACUCCUGCGUAGGAGUGUUUCAGCACGGCAAAGUUGAGAUCAUUGCCAAUGACCAGGGAAACAGGACCACACCCAGUUAUGUUGCCUUCACUGACACUGAAAGGCUGAUAGGGGAUGCAGCCAAGAACCAAGUGGCCUUAAACCCCAACAACACAGUGUUUGAUGCCAAGCGUCUUAUUGGGCGUCGGUUUGAUGACAGCGUCGUCCAGUCAGACAUGAAACACUGGCCUUUUACAGUCAUUAACGAUACUUCACGCCCAAAAGUAAAGGUGGAGUACAAGGGCGAGACCAAGACUUUCUACCCAGAGGAGAUCUCCUCUAUGGUGCUGAUUAAAAUGAAAGAGAUUGCAGAGGCAUACCUCGGCAAGACUGUAACAAAUGCUGUUGUAACCGUACCUGCCUACUUCAAUGACUCUCAGCGUCAAGCCACCAAAGAUGCAGGGACCAUCUCAGGACUUAAUGUCCUUCGUAUCAUCAAUGAGCCAACUGCUGCUGCUAUUGCUUAUGGCCUGGACAAAAAGGUUGGAUCUGAAAGAAACGUUCUCAUCUUUGACUUGGGCGGUGGCACCUUUGAUGUCUCCAUCUUGACUAUUGAAGAUGGCAUCUUUGAGGUGAAGUCUACAGCAGGUGACACACACUUGGGUGGUGAAGACUUCGAUAACCGCAUGGUCAACCACUUCAUCUCUGAGUUCAAACGCAAAUACAAAAAAGAUAUCAGCGACAACAAGAGGGCUGUGCGUCGUCUGCGCACUGCUUGCGAGAGGGCCAAGCGCACGCUGUCAUCCAGCACUCAGGCCAGCAUUGAAAUCGACUCUUUAUAUGAGGGCAUCGAUUUCUACACAUCAAUCACCAGGGCCCGGUUUGAAGAGCUGAACGCAGACUUGUUCCGUGGAACCCUGGAGCCUGUGGAAAAGGCUCUUCGUGAUGCCAAGAUGGACAAGGCCCAAGUCCACGACAUUGUCUUGGUGGGAGGAUCCACACGUAUUCCCAAGAUCCAGAAGCUGCUGCAAGACUUUUUUAAUGGAAAGGAACUCAACAAGAGCAUUAACCCUGAUGAAGCAGUGGCCUAUGGUGCAGCUGUGCAAGCAGCCAUCCUGUCAGGCGACAAAUCGGAGAAUGUGCAGGACUUGCUGCUGCUGGAUGUGACCCCCUUGUCUCUGGGGAUCGAGACUGCUGGAGGAGUCAUGACUGUACUCAUCAAAAGAAACACCACUAUCCCAACAAAGCAGACCCAGACUUUUACCACCUAUUCUGACAACCAGCCUGGUGUCCUUAUUCAGGUCUUCGAGGGUGAAAGAGCCAUGACCAAAGACAACAACCUUUUGGGUAAAUUUGAGCUGACUGGAAUCCCUCCUGCCCCUAGAGGAGUUCCUCAGAUUGAGGUGACCUUUGAUAUCGACGCCAAUGGCAUCAUGAAUGUGUCUGCUGUCGACAAGAGCACUGGGAAAGAGAACAAGAUAACAAUCACCAAUGACAAAGGUCGAUUGAGCAAGGAGGACAUUGAGCGUAUGGUCCAGGAAGCAGACAAGUACAAGGCUGAGGAUGAUGUACAGAGAGAGAAAGUGACUGCCAAGAAUGGCCUGGAGUCCUACGCCUUCAAUAUGAAGUCUACUGUGGAGGACGAUAAGCUAAAGGACAAGAUCAGUGACGAGGACAAACAGAAGAUUCUCGAUAAGUGCAACGAGGUCAUCAGCUGGCUGGACAGAAACCAGUCUGCAGAAAAAGAGGAGUUUGAGCAUCAGCAGAAGGAGCUGGAGAAGGUGUGUAACCCCAUCAUGACCAAGCUGUACCAGAAUGCCGGCGGGGCGCCGGGGGGGAUGCCAGGUGGGAUGCCAGGUGGUUUCCCAGGAUCUGGUGGUGCUCCUGGAGGAGGGGCGUCGGCCGGCCCCACCAUCGAGGAGGUUGACUAAACUAGAGGUUAACUAGACUUGCAUGAGCUUCUGCUCUGAGCUUGUUGUGAAGGGUGACUGUUCCGAUACCAUUUUUUCCCUCCCGAUACCGAUUCUGAUACUUGUGCUGUGGGUAUCGGCCGAUACCGAGUACCGAUACCGAUAACAGUGUGUUUAAAAAAUAAUAAUAAUCAUACAAGCCUGGGUGACUGUGAUAUGAUUAUCAUUGUGGUUAGGCCUGGCUCAGGUGAAACCCUUUGUAAAACAUGAAUGAAUACAGCAAAUGGAAGUCAUUUAUUUUUUAAAUAGAACAGUAUAAAUCAGUAGUGCAACAGCAACUUAACUAAAUAAAUAUAGGAAUAAUUAUUCGCCGUCUUACUGGUGGGAACAUCCACUGUGAAUUACUGCCAAACCGCCGACACGAUGCGCUAACGUUAGCUCCUUGUAACAAGUGUCAGACGUCAGGUGAUCAAUUCUUCUUCGCCCCUCUGAAACAGCAGCUGCCGGUGCCAGCACAGCGCAAAUGUUUUAAGAGUGGCGAAGAAGAACUGUGUCAGAGCUAACAGAGCUAACCAGUAAAUAGAUUCCUAUUUCUAAUAAAUUACGUGGUAUCGGAUCGGUGCCUGGACUUCAGUACUCGCUGAUACCGAUGCCAGCAUUUUCGGCAGUAUCGGAGGCAUUUCCGAUAUUGUUAUAGGAAUCAGAACAACUCUAGUUCUAACUCCCAAUAUUCAAAAACAUUAACCACCUCUGUUUUGGAAUUGUUUUUAUACAUUUUGCACUUUUCACUGUGGAUUUUUUGGUAGGCGGCCUUUCCAGGUUCCAUGUUGCAUUCAGUUAAACCAAUUAAUGUCUGCUUUACCACAGUGUGUUUUCCUUUCUAAGUUGGUUUAUGAGGCUGAAAUGGUU